CUUCUUAACAACAAUAAAAUAAAUCCCCAUGACAACAACGCAACCCUUUUCCCUAUCAUAACGCAACCACCGCGCGACGACGACGACGACGACCCACUUUUCGAAACCCACUUUAAUUCUUCUCUUCUCUCUCUUGAUCUUCAUCUCAAUCUUCACACAAAUGAUUCCUUGGAAACGGAUACGGAAGAAGACUUUAUGUUAACCUGUCCACGACCGAUAAAGCAGAAAUUGAGAUCGGGGAGGUGGUUGAGGUUGCAGGAGGAGGUCAAGAGGGGGGUGCCUUGUGACUUGGAUAGCAAGGGGAGUGCCGGGUGGUGCGGAGUCCCGGGGGAUAAGUAUCCAUGGUCCCAAGUGCGGAGGUUCGUGUCUGAAAACACGGGACUGAUGAGAAGGAUGUACGGGGAAGUCCGUCAAUUAAACCUCAUGCGCAUGGAAUUUUCGGAUUCUAAUGGGAUCGAGGAUUAUGAAGUGGGUGACGAGGGUGGGAGGUCCCUAGAAACCAGCACGGUUGCUAAAUCCGUUUCCAUGACGACCGGAGGAACCACUGAAGAACCCGCGACGGAAACGGUAACCAACGCCGCGGAGGAAGAAGUAACCAUGGCAACGGAGGUUUAUUUCAACGACAUUGAAAAGAGGAACUCUGCUGAGGUUUCCAUGGAAAUUAAGGAAAAGGUUUUUAUGGAGGAGAAGCCGACGCUCAGGGCGGUAAACGCCUGCCCUGUCCGCGAGGAGGUCGUCGCGCCGUACUGGGCGAACAACACGCGCGGGGAGAUAUUAGCGCUCUUGAAUUUAUACCCUUUCGAACAGUACGUCCACUGGGAGAAGUGUAACCAGGAGCAUAAACAGAUGUACUGCAGGGAGGGCUGCAGGUGCGAACAGCAAUACCGACUCCACCGCCUCCUCGCUUUCGAUCCGACGAACGAAUGCCGCGGGAUUUUCUCGGACUGGUUCCGGUUCCCGAGUUGUUGCGUCUGCAAGUGCUACCUAACCGAGUUCGAGAUCUCCACCCACUACUCCCGAGCGGAGGAAAUAAAUUCAAAUUCCCGAUCACCAAGGAAACAUAAUUUCGAUUUCGAUUACGACUUCGACGAGCCCGACGUGCGUGGUGUAGACCCGCAUUUUUAUUACAAAGAAAAUCAUCUAUAUCCUAGAUAAUUUCGUUACUUUUAAAAAAAAGUUGCCAUGGAAAUUAAAUGUGUGUGCCAUAAUUGGUUCCUAUUCCUAUUUUAAAAAAAAAUCUAUUUAUAAUAUAUUUUUUUAUAAAUUGACUUCAAAAGACUAGUAAAAAAAAUUUUAUAAAUUAAA